UCUUCCUCGUUGCUUUGCAUCUGCUUUCUCUCAUUCUUCUCUGAUCCACUACUCGCUUCCCUUACAAACCAACAGACAUGGCCGGGGCUGUAGCAGGAGGGGGAGCACUUCUCUCGGCUUCUCUCCAAGUUAUAUUUGAUCGGAUGGCUUCUCGCGACGUCCUCACCUUCCUCCGGGGACAGAAACUCAGUGCUACGCUCCUAAGGAAGUUGCAGAUGAAAUUGCUGGAAGUUCAGGCAGUGCUGAAUGAUGCCGAGGCCAAGCAAAUCACGAAUUUAGCUGUCAAAGAUUGGGUCGAUGAGCUGAAAGAUGCUGUGUAUGAUGCGGAGGACCUGGUGGAUGAUAUCACCACUGAAGCUUUACGGCGCAAGAUGGAGUCUGAUUCUCAAACUCAGGUACGGAACAUCAUCUUUGGUGAGGGGAUCGAAUCCAGGGUAGAGGAGAUCACUGACACACUAGAAUAUCUUUCACAAAAAAAAGAUGUUCUCGGGUUGAAAAAAGGCGUUGGAGAAAAUUUGUCAAAAAGAUGGCCGACGACUUCCUUGGUAGAUGAGUCUGGGGUGUACGGUAGGGAUGUUAACAGGGAGGAGAUAGUUAAAUUUUUGUUGUCCCAUAAUGCAAGUGGGAAUAAGAUAAGUGUGAUCGCCCUGGUGGGUAUGGGCGGUAUUGGAAAGACCACACUUGCUAAGCUGGUGUAUAAUGAUAGGAGAGUGGUGGAAUUUUUUGACCUUAAAGCAUGGGUUUGUGUUUCAAAUGAAUUUGAUCUUGUCAGGAUAACGAAAACCAUUCUUAAGGCAAUUGAUUCUGGGACUCCUGAUGACAAUGAUUUGAAUCUGCUUCAACAUAAAUUGGAGGAAAGACUUACGAGGAAGAAAUUCUUACUUGUCCUUGAUGAUGUUUGGAAUGAAGACUAUAAUGAUUGGGAUUCGCUACAAACUCCAUUCAAUGUUGGUCUAUAUGGCAGUAAGAUUAUUGUAACUACACGUAUCAAUAAGGUUGCAGCAGUCAUGCAUUCAGUUCAUACUCAUCAUUUGGCAAAGUUAUCCUCUGAAGAUUGCUGGUCCCUAUUUGCAAAACAUGCAUUUGAAAAUGGAAAUUCUAGUCCACAUCCAAAGCUAGAAGAGGUUGGCAAAGAGAUUGUAAAAAAGUGUGAUGGAUUGCCUUUAGCUGUCAAAACCCUUGGGGGUGCCUUAUACUCAGAAGGUCGAGUAAAAGAAUGGGAAAAUGUAUUGAACAGUGAAACAUGGGAUUUACCAAAUAAUGCAAUUCUUCCUGCCUUAAUAUUGAGCUACUAUCAUCUUCCUUCACAUCUAAAACCAUGUUUUGCAUAUUGUUCUAUUUUUCCUAAAGACUACCAAUUUGAGAAGGAAAACUUGAUUUUAUUGUGGAUGGCAGAAGGGUUUUUGCAACAAUCAGAAAAAGGUAAGAAAACAAUGGAAGAGAUAGGUGAUGGGUACUUUUAUGACCUAUUAUCAAGAUCAUUUUUUCAAAAGUCUGGUAGCAACAAAUCAUAUUUUGUAAUGCAUGAUCUCAUGAACGACUUGGCUCAACUUAUUUCUGGAAAAGUUUGUGUUCAAUUGAAGGAUAGUAAGAUGAAUGAAAUUCCAGAAAAGCUUCGUCACUUAUCGUAUUUUAGAAGUGAAUAUGAUCGCUUUGAGAGAUUUGAGAUCCUUAAUGAAGUUAACAGUCUUCGGACCUUCUUACCAUUGAAUUUGGAGAUUUGGCCUCGGGAAGAUAAGGUUUCAAAGAGAAUAUAUCCAUAUGGUAGUAGGUAUGUUUUCGAGUUUCGCUUGAGUACUAGAGUUUGGAAUGAUUUAUUGAUGAAAGUUCAAUAUUUACGAGUGUUAUCAUUGUGUUAUUAUGAGAUAACAGAUUUGUCUGAUUCAAUUAGUAAUUUGAAACAUUUACGCUAUUUGGACCUUACCUACACACUCAUCAAAAGGUUACCUGAAUCAGUUUGUAAUUUGUAUAAUUUACAAACAUUGAUAUUAUAUUAUUGUAAAUAUCUUGUUGAAUUGCCUAAAAUGAUGUGCAAAAUGAUUAGCUUACGUCAUCUUGAUAUCAGGCAUAGCAAAGUGAAGGAGAUGCCAAGUCAUAUGGGUCAAUUAAAGAGUUUACAAAAAUUGAGUAACUAUAUAGUGGGCAAGCAAAGUGAGACAAGGGUUGGAGAGUUGAGGGAGCUUUGCCACAUUGGUGGGAGUCUUGUCAUUCAAGAGCUGCAGAAUGUGGUUGAUGCUAAGGAUGCCUCAGAGGCCAAUAUGGUAGGCAAGCGAUAUCUGGAUGAGUUAGAGUUGGAAUGGAAUCGUGGUAGUGAUGUUGAACAAAAUGGAGCAGGCAUAGUGCUCAACAACUUACAACCUCAUUCUAACAUAAAGAGACUCACUAUUUAUGGGUAUGGUGGUUCAAGAUUUCCAGAUUGGUUAGGAGGUCCUUCAAUUCUGAAUAUGGUGUCGCUACGUCUCUGGAAUUGUAAGAAUGUGUCAACCUUCCCACCGCUUGGGCAGCUACCCUCUCUUAAACAUUUAUAUAUAUUGGGGUUGGUGGAGAUAGAAAGGGUAAGCGCUGAGUUUUAUGGGACUGAGCCAUCCUUUGUAUCCCUAAAAGCUCUAUCAUUUCAGGGUAUGCCAAAAUGGAAGGAAUGGUUGUGCAUGGGAGGCCAAGGUGGAGAAUUCCCUCGUCUCAAGGAGCUUUAUAUAAUCGAUUGUCCCAAGCUAACUGGGGACUUACCAACCCAUCUGCCUUUCUUGACGAGACUAUGGAUUAAAGAAUGUGAGCAGCUUGUGGCUCCACUUCCAAGGGUUCCAGCCAUCCGUCAGUUGGCAACGCGCAGCUGUGACAUCUCACAGUGGAAGGAAUUACCACCACUACUGAAGGAUCUCUCAAUUCAAAAUGCCGACUCUUUCGAGUCCCUACUGGAGGAGGGAAUGUUGCAAAGUAAUACUUGUCUUCGAAAGUUGAGAAUCAGAAAUUGUUCUUUUUCGAGACCCUUGCGCAGAGUUUGUUUACCCAUUACAAUGGAAUCAUUAUAUAUAGAGGAGUGUAAGAAACUAGAGUUUCUCCUACUUGAGUUCUUAAAAUGUCCCCUCCCUUCCCUUGCCUAUUUGGCGAUCAUCAGAAGUACUUGCAAUUCUCUCUCAUCCUUCCCACUCGGCAACUUCCCAAGUUUAACUUAUCUCAAAAUCUACGAUCUCAAGGGGCUUGAAUCCCUCUCCAUUUCAAUUUCAGAUGGCGAUGUUACAUCUUUUGAUUGGUUGAGAAUCAGAGGGUGCCCUAAUCUUGUGUCUAUUGAAUUGCUAGCUCUCAACGUGUCAAAAUAUUCCAUCUUCAAUUGCAAGAAUCUCAAGCGGCUGCUGCACAACGCUGCAUGCUUUCAGUCAUUAAUAAUAGAAGGUUGUCCUGAAUUGAUAUUUCCAAUACAAGGUCUGCAAGGACUGUCCUCUCUUACCUCUCUCAAAAUCUCAGAUCUUCCAAAUCUCAUGUCCCUUGACAGUUUGGAGCUUCAACUGCUCACCUCUCUUGAAAAAUUAGAGAUCUGUGACUGCCCCAAGCUCCAAUUCUUGACAGAAGAGCAGCUGCCCACCAACCUUUCUGUUCUAACAAUCCAGAACUGCCCAUUGCUGAAAGAGCGGUGCAAGUUUUGGACAGGGGAAGAUUGGCAUCAUAUAGCUCACAUUCCACACAUUGCGAUCGAUGACCAAGUUUUGUAAUGAAGGUGGCAUUACACCAAUUUAUAGUCAGAUCAUCUGUGAUGCUUCACUCUGGCUCUGAUCAACAUAUCUUCGUAAGGAAUCUUUUAAGACUCCCAUGCUUAAUUAGUGCGUUGUCAAAUGCUUCAGAUUUCAUUUAGAGUGAAUUGAGGCUUAAAAGCCAAGCAGCUCUGCAGGCAUUCGAUCCUUGUUCCGUCAACAAACUCUAGCUGUCUAGCAAUGAUUUCCAAUGGGACCAUUUUUUUGUUGUGAGUUCAGGUUCAUGACUCUUUUUGGACGAAAGUAGCCAAGAUUUUUGCACCCAAAGAAUCAUGAGUUGAUACUCUGCUGGAGGAACUACAGAAGCUCAAGUCUGAUGGAGAGUGGAGUAUGCAGCAGGCUCUAUGAUUCCAAUUAGUGAGAGAUUUCAAUUACUUCGGUUUAACUUUCUAAGCUACAAAUUACAAUAUUCAUAGUUCUCUAAAAACAGGUAUGUUUCUUUUGAUUCGUACUUUUCAUAAGCUGAGACAUUGUGGAGUUCCAUCAUUUUCAACACAAGAUAAACCUAAUACAAAAUCCUACUGAAGCUAAAA